AUGCCAACAACUUCACCAACAACAAUCACAACUCCAACAACAACCUCAACUACAGCAUCAACAACCACAACUGCAACAACUACAACUCCAGCAACAACAUCCGCAAUGCCAACAACAACAACCACAGCUUCACCAACAACAAUCACAACUCCAACAACAACCUCAACUGCAGCCUCAAUAACGACAACUGCAACAACAACCACAACUGCAACAACAACUAUAAUCAACAACAACCACAAUGCCAACAACAACAACCACAACUUCACCAACAACAAUCACAACUCGAACAACAAUCUCAACUGCAGCAUCAACAACCCCAACUGCAACAUCAACCACAUCUGCAACAACAACCACAAUGCCAACAACAGCCUCUACUGCAGCAACAACAACCACAACUGCAACAACUACAACUCCAACAACAACCACAAUACCAACAACAACAACCACAACUGCAGCAUCAACAACCCCAACUGCAACAACAACCACAUCUGCAACAACAACCACAAUGCCAACAACAACCUCUACUGCAGCAACAACAACCACAACUCAACAACAACCACAACUGUAACAACUACAACUCCAACAACAACAACCACAACUCCAACAACA